GCUGGCUGAGCCACCUUCAUCUUUCCAAUAUCCUUUAUUCGCUCUAGCUUGAAUAUAGCUUCUGCUUUUGUCUGUGGUAAAUAAGUUUCAACUGUUCAGCAUGGCUCAAGAUCCCCGAGUUCUUCUCCAAAAAGCUGAUCAAGCGCUGAGUCGCGCAUCUGGUGGCUUUAGCUUCUUUGGCGGUCGCACAGAAAAAUAUGAAAAUGCAGCCGACUUGUACUCGCAGGCUGCGAAUGCCUUCCGAGUUCAGAAGCAGAACAAGGAAGCCGGUCUUGCAUUUGAAAAGGCCGCAUCUAUUCAGGCGCAGAACCUCAACGAGCCCGAUGACGCUGCCAACACCCUGACCGAAGCCUUCAAGGUCUACCGCAAGUCCGACCCCGAGGACGCCGCCCGCGUGCUCUCCAGCGCCAUUCAACACUACGUGCUCAAGGGAAACCUCCGUCGCGCUGCGUCGCAGCAGCAACAUCUGGCCGAAGUGUAUGAGGUGGAACUGGGUGACAACAAGAAGGCCCUGGAAGCCUAUGAGAAGGCGGCGGAAUGGUUUGAGGGUGAUAAUGCUGAGGCCCUCGCGAACAAGCACUACCUCAAGGCCGCGGAUCUGGCCGCCCUCGAGGGUGACUACUACAAGGCCAUCGAGCACUACGAGCGCAUCGGCCGCUCAUCCAUCAACAACAACCUUAUGAAGUGGUCGGUCAAGGACUACUUCCUCAAGGCUGGUAUCUGCCACCUGGCGACGAAUGACUUGGUCGCCACCAACCGUGCUCUCGAGAACUACCGCGACAUCGACACCACCUUCGCCUCCACGCGUGAGCACCAGCUCCUCGUCGACCUGGUUCAGGCCUGUGAAGCAGGUGACCAGGAAGCUUUCGCCGACAAGCUUUUCCAGUACGACCAGCUCAGCAAGUUGGAUAAGUGGAAGACGACGCUCCUGCUGCGGAUUAAGAACAAUAUUGAGUCGCAAGAGGAGGACUUUUCUUAGCGCCUCGUUUGCCUUCUUUUCUUUGUCCUCGUUCUUGUUUGAGCUAGUUAUUUGGUUUUGAAAUACUUGAUAAACCGAGGAAAGGUCACCUCUCCUGCUUUCGAGUUCCCAAUCGCAUCUCAAGUGUUUACUUCUUUGGCUGGUUCCAUGCUUAUUAGAUACAUGCCGCGCUGUGCCUAUCACGCUCCAUCAUUGCGAAUUAUUAUUAUUGAAGGUUAUUUUGUUUCUACCGAUCGACCCCAUAUAGCAUCAUUUUGACCCUGACUGUGCUCGAUGAUUGUUGACCUCAUCUAUAUUUUAUAUCG